CAUGGAUCAACGAAGUCUUCAAACCCGUUUAGAAAUAUGUUACAAAGUGUAUGAACUAUACAGUGAUAUUUUGAACUCCUAUGUAGCGGAUUACUAUGUAGAGAAUCAUUGGAAUAAAUUAUCUACUUCUUGGAAGCAAUACUUUAACAAUAUUGAAGUUAAUCAGCUUAGUAAUAUUUUGAAUUUAGGGAAACCUCUUGACAAUCAGAUGUAUCCUUUAACUUUACUUUGUUUACGAAAUAUAAUUACAAAGUAUACUUUAUCAAGAAAAAUGGUUACUCCUAUAAGUGUUUCACCUAGUGUUAUUGAUAAUAAAUUUAUGAAUUUUUUCUGGAAGAAUGUAAAAUUGAAGAAAAGACAUGAAAUAGAUGUAAUGUCUAAAUUAUGUUAUGAUUUGGCUAUAAAAACAAAAUGUUUUCAUAUUGUUGAUAUUGGCUCAGGACUAGGCCACCUCAGCAGGAUGCUAUCUUAUGGAUAUGGUUUCUCAGUGUGUACUUUUGAAGCAGUUGAUGCACUUACAAAUCUUGCAACUGCAAUGGACACAAAUUUUGAAGAAACGUUAAACAAAAGAAAUAUAAAGCAUAAGAGUACUUUUAGAACUGUUCAUAUAAAUAAAAAGAUUAGUACAGAGUUAAUUAAAACUGAAUUUUUAAAUUUGGUUAUUCAGGCUUUUAAGAAAAAUAUAAAAUUUGGAUUAGUUGGUUUACAUCCUUGUGGUGAUUUGGGUACUCUACUACUUAAACUAUAUACACAUUGUCCUAAUAUUGUGUACAUCAACAUAGCCAGUUGUUGUUACAUGAAGAUAACUUUAGAACCCUUAGAUGAGGCAUAUUUUCCAUUAAGUCAGUUCUGUAAAAAUAAACAUAUGACUUUGUCAUACUUAAGUUGUGAAAUAGCUUGUCAUGCUAUUGAAAAUUACUCAGAAAAACUAAAGAAUGCAGAGGAGUAUCAGAAAUUAAAAAUUCAUUCUUACCGAGCUGCCCUUGAAGAUAUUUUAGUAACAGCAGAUCCAAAUUUAAGACAUUCUAUGAUUUGUGGAGCUAAAUGUGAUAAAAACUUAACUUUUAAAAAGUAUGUUGAAAAAGUCUGUGAUAAAUUACAUAUUAUAGCUGAUGAAAAAAUUUUAUUAUAUGAAAAUAUUGUUAAUAACACUUGGAAUAAGGUUGUUUCCUUCUACUCUGUUAGACUGCUAUUAGCACCUGUUGUUGAAAAUAUUGUUUUAUUGGAUAGGUUGUUAUAUGUACUUGAAAGUGGAAGUUUCUGCAAGAUUUUGCCCGUUUUUGAUUGUAAUAUUUCUCCAAGAAAUCAAGUCUUAUCAGGUGUUAAAAUUAAAAAAUGACAAAUACGAUUUACUUUUUAUUUCAAAUACCUACAAGGGAUACCUGCUUAUGUCUAUGUUUAUUAAUUAUAAAAAUCCUGUCAGUGGUGGGAUUCGAAACCAUUGCCCUUGGAUCUGGAAAUGCAGACUCUAUAACCACUGGGCCACCCGCUUCCUCCCUAGUAUAAACAUACCAGAAUUAAUUUCAGUAACUUCAUCUGAAAAAAAUAGUUAAAAUGAAAAAUAAAUAAAAUUUAACUAUGAUGUAUAGACUUAAAAGCGUUCUUUAUAGUUCCCUACUUAACACUUGUGACAGAAAAAUUGACACGAAUUGGCUGGUUUAGAGGUGAACACCCCUUUCUACCGAGAAACACCUUUCCGAGUUUUAUUUUCCAAAGAUUGAGAUAUAAGCAAGCGAUAAAUAAGCCAUUUAUUAAGAAUACCAAUUUUUGUACAAUAAAAAGGAACGAAAAAAUGUAAGAAAAAAGUACAAUGUAAAUUAAUGAAACAUUUUAUUAAUUCAAACAAAAAUACACUAAUUAGCUUACAUCCCUUUUAAUUAUUUAAUUAAACGAG